GUUCUGAGUGCACGCUUAUUUUUUUAUCAUACCAAAGCUUCUGACGCCGUCCACGCGGUCGUGUUUGCGCGCUUGCUUUUAUUAUUUGCGCUGAUUAGCGUUCUCUAGUUUAAAUACUGUGUUAUAGUGAUAUGGUGUGAAGUUUCUCGGACGCGACGCGCUUUGAAUUGGUUUGCUAAAUACUAAACACAUAAUACAGCAAUCGUUUGGUGAUGAGUUUGCAAUUGUGACGAAACGGAAAGUGAUUUCGAUCGACAUAAAAAUAGGAAGGAAGGAAGCCACUUGGGGAUGAUUCUGGAAAGUGUUGGAUGGAAUGUUCGGUGCAGUGUGUAGUGUUGACCUUGUUUUUGGUGUUGCGUGUGCCUGAGAAACAAAGUUGAGUGCCAGGAAGUUGAAGGAUUAUUACAGACAAAAACUACUACCGUUGGAAUAGCUGGGAAACUCUAAGAUACUCUUCACGAUAAUUCGUUCAAUUCAGAAGAAACUCAUCCGGAAAACAAUGAGGCAAUCAUCAUAAUUUGCACACACAAAUUUCCGAAACAAAUAGGCAGAAGUCGGUUGACGUUAGUUGUUGCGUGUUGCAUGACUUACCACCAUUAUGGCCGUCCAGCAGCAGCAGCAGCAGCAUCAGCAUCAUCAGAUGGCUCCUACUCUUUACACAACCUCAACCGCGCAGAGCGGUAGUCCCGCUCCGGGUGCUUCGCCGUCCGGCGGAAAUGCUAACAACGCCAGUUCGGGAUCCGCGUUCAGUUGCUGUCCGGCGAAUGGUGAAAGCUCGUCCAUCGGGGAGGAUUCGAUCGAGCUGAGUGACAAUCAGGGUAACAAUAAUACCAUGUACCACAAUGGGUUCUUCGAGACACAUGACUACCACUUUCCCAAGCGGCCUCCGGUGGAUAUUGACUUCCGGGACAUUCGGUACACGGUGCGAGGUUUCAACUCGCACAGAAUUAGAUUUGAAAGCAAAGAAAUUCUUCACGGUUUAAACGGAUCAUUCAGCUCUGGAGAACUGACAGCCAUUAUGGGCCCCUCGGGGGCGGGAAAAAGCACGUUGCUCAACAUUCUAGCCGGCUACGUCUCAACGGGCGUCAGUGGGCUCGUCCAGGUGAACGGCAAAAACCGCUCGCAGAACUCCCAAAGCUUCAAGAAGCUAUCCUGCUACAUCCAGCAGCACGACGCGUUGCGUCCCUGGCUCACCGUUAACGAGGCUAUGAGUUGCGCCACCCACCUGAAGCUUGGCUUCAGCAUAAGCCACGAGGAGAAGCAAAAACUGAUCGAGAAAAUCUUGUUUAUGCUGGGUCUCGAGCAGAAGGGAUACACCCCCACGGGGGACCUUUCCGGGGGACAGAAGAAGCGGUUGGCGAUCGCGCUGGAGAUGAUCAGCAACCCGCCGAUUCUGUUCCUGGACGAACCGACCACAGGACUGGAUAGUUCCUCUUGCACCCAGUGUAUCUCGCUGCUAAAACGGCUGGCCCAGGAUGGAAGGACGAUUGUGUGUACCAUUCACACGCCCAGUGCGCUGCUGUUCGAAAUGUUCGACAAGCUGUACACGGUUACGCAGGGACACUGUUUCUACCAGGGUCCAGUGCGGGAGAUGCUGCCCUUCCUGUCGAACCUUGGAUAUAACUGCCCAAGCUAUCACAACCCGGCGGAUUUCAUGAUGGAAAUCGCCGUCGGCGAAUACGGCGCUGAUGUGGCGAAGAUCGUGAGGGCAGCCCUGAAGAAGUACUACGAGAUGAGCAGUGAGUGCAUCAAGCUGGACGACGCAGUUUUUGAGAAUAAUGUGAAAACCGCCGUGACAGGUUACGACCUCCCCGCCGGCGGCGAUGUCGACCCGAAGGACAAUGGCACUGGCAAGAUUGAGGAACUGCUCCCGCUGAAGGAUCGCGGCAGCACUGCUGGUGGGGGUGCGGAUGAGAACUCGGACAACGCGCUCUGUCCGGAGAUCGACGAUAACACUAAGCCGGCUUCAUUAGUGAUGCAGUUUCUGCUGCUGCUGUAUCGAAACCUGCUACAACUGAGACGAAAUUAUUUCCUGCUGUGUAUGCGAUUGUUUGCUCACGCUUCGGUGGCCACUUUGUUCGGAUACAUCUACAAGGGAGUCGGACCGAAUGCGAACCAAGUGCUGGCCAACUAUGUGUACCUUUACGGUUCGAUGCUUCUGAUGGUUUACACCGGCAAAAUGGCAGUCGUAUUAUCAUUUCAAAACGAGAUGGAAUCUCUCACGAGGGAACACUUUAACCGGUGGUACAAACUGGGUCCCUACUUCCUGUCGGUGCUGGUCAUCGAGGUGCCAAUACAGAUUGUCUGCUCCAUGAUUUACGUCGUGAUAAGCUAUAACCUGACGGACAAUUACUACUCUUUCGAUCGGUUUCUGUUGUUCUCGCUGUUUUGCGUGGCAGGCUCGAUUUCUGCCCAGGCGUGGGGUUUCCUGAUAGGAGCGACUCUUACGGUUAAGCUGGCCGUCUUCAUUGGUCCCAUCCUGGCGGUGCUGUUCUCGGUGUUUGGCUUCUGCACCCGCUACGAAGACAUCACCCCCAUCUUCAAGUGGAUGUGGCACAUCAGCUACUAUCGGGCCAGCUUCCACGGGGUCCUAAACUCCGUGUACGGAAUGGACCGCGGUCCACUGCACUGCCCAAGCACACAAAUCUACUGUCACUUCAGGAACCCGGUGCUCUUUCAGAAAGACAUGGACAUCGAACACGUGGACAUGGAGAAGAACCUGAUCCUGAUAGGGUCGAUUGUGCUCGCGAUGUAUGUCGGAACCAUCGCGGUGCUGUGGUAUAAGCUGAACAAAAGAUAACACAUCUCGCGCGAUUAGCACCACGCACCCACUGUUUGCAAUCAAUCACCACUUCUCGGAUUACGGUGGCCACUAAUCGAACCGUUUAAAGGUCGUCUGGAACGAUAAAACGCAACGCAGGGGUGGGGUGGGGGUGGUGUCUGCCAACUCCCGUUCCGGUUAGUCUUAUCAACUGUUGGUUUAUUCUCCGUUUUUAAUCCUCAUUUGCUAGCAUCAAUCUUGCCAUAAUUUAUACGAAACACACAGGCAUGAGCAAUCCACACUUAAUCCGGGUGAUAAGUAGAACCUAUCUUACUUAGCUGUUGAAUCUAGUAGAAAUUGGACCAACUUUUCAAUACGAUAGCAAAAACAAAUACGACGAACACUGUGAUUAUGAAAUAGCCCAUUCUCCAGGGGAAUGAAAGUAUCUUAUUCUUAAAGUAGUCUAGUGACAUAGUGUUUAGAUUCCAGCAUCAAUUGCUGGAUUUUUAUGAUUAUUGUUAUUGUGUUUAGCGUGCGUAAAUCGGAGUGAUUAUUCUAAGCUAAUAAA